AUGGACGUGUCAUGGGAAACUCAUAAUCUGGCCUCACGCAUCUCACAAUUACCGCCAGAGCUUGCUGGAGCGUUACAACAAGGCGACGGCGCACACUUUCUUGCUCAACUUAGCAGAGCUGCUCUCGACAGACGAUACACGGAUACCAUUCUGAUUCACGCCGAAUCCUUGAUCCCACACUGUUGCGCUGAAUUCCACGCCUCUUCCGACUACGUCUCGGUCGUCGCCGCAUACGCUCGCAUCGUCUCCCUUGCUCCUCACAUUUCCGAAUACGCCGAACGCUACCUUAGUACGCAUAAUGUCGAUAGCCUUUCCGACUCAAAUCUUUUCACACCCGAAUACUUCUUUGCCUUGAUCCGCCUGUUGCGAUUCGAUCGCCAAACCUUUGCCAAGUUUGUGCCAUUCUCACGGAUACACCAAUUGCUCGACCACAAUGCUCGUGCACUACGUUAUCUUGCCAUUCGUGUACUAUGUCUGUAUUUGAGCGCUGCAGAUGCUGCUCUACAAGACAUGACCAACAAAUACCUCGCAAACGAUGCUGGGUCCCAGGAAUUGGUUGCACCAUUAGGAUCAUGGGAGGGCAAGGAGAUUGACUACCGCCUUCUCACCUUGUGGGAGGAACGUCGGCUUAAGAACUUAGAGAAAGAGAGGGAAGCUCUACAACAGGAACGUGCUAGUUACAUGGACGCUGGAAAUGCUCCUAGACAGCCCGUUGUUUUGCCAGCCGAACUCUUCCAUUAUUCGACAGCAUGCAUCUCGGGUGUCUUGCUACCUCGUGGUGCUGCUCCUACAGACUCGUCAACAAACUCGAUAGUCGAUACCCCAACCACGGCCGCGAAUCUGCGUGAGCUAGCCGCCUCACUGAAGGCUCCUAACCCAGUACUUUUGACAGGUCUUGCUGGUUCUGGAAAGACACUUCUUGUGCGUCAUGCUGCACGCCAGCUCAACAAACUCAAGUCGAUGGUAACACUGCAUUUGAACGAGCAGAGUGAUGCCAAACUGCUCAUUGGAAUGUACACGACCGGCAAGAAUCCUGGAUCGUUCGUUUGGCAGGCUGGUGUUCUGACAACUGCUGUACUGGAGGGUCGCUGGGUGUUCAUCGAGGAUUUGGACCGCGCGCCGAACGAUAUCAUCAGCACUUUGUUGCCCCUGAUUGAGAGAAACGAACUUGUGAUCCCCAGCAGAGGCCAAACAAUACACGCCGCUAGAGGUUUCCGCAUCAUCGCUACCAUGCGUACGUCUCUAUCGAACAGUGGGCACGAGACUAAGCCAGCCUAUAAUCUGCUGGGUGCUCGCCACUGGAAGUUGGUGCACGUCAACAUGCUACCAUCGGAUGAGUUGGNNAAGCAAGUAGUGGUUGGCCUCUUCCCUACACUCCACGAGUUUUCCUCACAGUUUGUCACGGUUUUCCAGAAUCUGCAGUUGCUCAAGCAACAGGCACACCUCGCAAGUCGCAGCAGGACUGGUCUGAUGCGUGAGGUCAAUCCCAGGGAUCUGCUCAAAUGGUGUGCUAGAGUGGCGCUUAUGCUUGGAGACAGGCCUAACAUGACUGCCGGUGAGCUUGAUCAAAUCUUCUUAGAUGCGGUUGAUUGUUUUGCCGGUGCGUUGCCUGAAGGUGCGGCUUAUACGGCUCUUACUUCUUGCAUUGCUGAGAAUCUGCAAAUCGAUCCCCAACGCUGUCAGCAUCUGCUUGGCGAGAGAACCAUCAUCCACAAGGAAGAACCCUCACGAGUCACGAUUGGUCGUUCAGUCUUUCCUCGUCAACAGCGGAAAGGACUCGCUGGUCCCACCGGCAAGCGCGCCUUCUCAACCAAUGCACACACUCUCCGUCUACUUGACCGUGUUGCUGUAGCUGUUUCUCAGAAAGAGCCUCUGCUCUUGGUUGGAGAGACGGGUACUGGUAAAACCACCAGUGUGCAACACCUUGCAGACCAGCUUGGCAAGAAGCUGGUUCCUUUUAACUUAUCUCAGCAGAGUGAAAGUGGCGAUCUUCUUGGUGGCUUCAAGCCUGUCAAUGCUCGCUCCAUCAUCGUACCCUUGAAAGAGGAGUUCGAUGAUUUGUUCUCUGCCAGUUUCUCGUACAAGCGAAAUGCUCAGUUCAUUGACAUGCUUAACAAGUGCAUGGGUAAGCAGCAGUGGGUUCGUGUGUGCAAACUAUGGAACACAGCUCUUGGUAUGGUAGAACAGCAGAGAGUUGCCGCUCUGCAAGCUAGUAACAGAUCACCUUCUAGAAACGCUGAAAACCCGGCCAAGAAGCGCAAGGUCGAGCCAGUCAUGAGCACUGUGCUGAGUGAAAGAUGGGACAAGUUCGCUUUGGAAGUCAAGAGCCUGGAGAAUCGUCUCGCUGCUGGUCAGGAGUCAUUCGCCUUUGCCUUUGUUGAAGGAAACAUCGUUAAAGCCGUCAGAAAUGGCGACUGGGUUCUUCUUGACGAAAUCAACCUUGCUUCACCAGACACCUUGGAAGCACUGGCUGACCUAUUUGAUGUCAGCUCACCCUCUCUUAUGCUAAGUGAAGCUGGUAGCGUUGAGGUCAUCAAAGCCCAUCCUCAACUCCGUGUCUUUGCCGCAAUGAAUCCCGCGACCGAUGUGGGCAAGAAAGAUUUGCCUCUUGGUAUUCGUUCAAGAUUCACUGAGCUUUACGUGGAGAGUCCGGACCGCGAUUACCAAAGUUUGCGCAACAUUGUUCAAGCUUAUCUUGGCCAGGAAGCAAUCUUGGACAAAUCUAUUGCCUCAGAUGUGGCUAAGCUGCACCAAGCGACGCAAAAUCUGAACGAAGAGAACUUGCUCGUUGAUGGCGCUGGACAGAAGCCGCAUUUCAGUUUGAGAACACUGACACGUGCUUUGAUCUAUGCAAAGGAUGUUUCGCCGCUAUGUUCAAUUCGCAGGGCAGUUGCAGAGGGUAUCCAGAUGAGUUUCUUGACCUUGCUCGAUAAAGAGUCUGAAGCCCGUCUGUUGCCCCUUAUCCACCAGCAUAUGUUCGGUAAACUUGCCAAUGCUGCAGCCGAGCUCAAGAAGCCCUUCCGCCAACCUCAAGAUGGACACACCUAUGUCAAGGAUGGAGCUUACUGGCUCAGACAAGGCAACUUCACCGUGCAAGACCAGCCACACUACAUUAUCACACCUUUCAUCCGCCGCAACCUCGACAACCUUAUCCGUGCUUCCUUCACUCGCCGCUUCCCCGUCUUGAUUCAAGGUCCCACCUCGGCCGGAAAGACCAGUAUGAUCGAGUAUUUGGCUAACAAGUCUGGAAACAAGUUCGUCAGAAUCAACAACCAUGAGCACACUGACUUGCAAGAGUAUCUUGGUACAUACGUUUCUGGCUCCGAUGGUCGUCUGCAAUUCCAGGAGGGUGUCUUGGUAAAGGCUCUGAGAGAAGGUCACUGGAUCGUGCUUGAUGAGCUGAAUUUGGCACCUACUGAUGUCUUGGAGGCACUGAACAGACUGCUUGAUGAUAACAGAGAAUUGCUCAUUCCCGAGACUCAGGAGACUGUGCGUCCCCAUGAGAAUUUCAUGCUUUUCGCCACGCAGAACCCUGCGGGAUUGUACGGUGGUCGCAAAGUCCUCUCUCGUGCUUUCCGAAACCGUUUCCUCGAACUGCACUUCGAUGAUAUCCCGGUCGAGGAGUUGCAUACCAUUCUCCAGCGUCGUACACAGAUCCCCGAUACAUGGUGUAAGCGUAUCGUUAGUGUCUACAGAGAGCUUUCGGUUUUGCGCCAGGAGAAUCGUUUGUUCGAGCAGAAGUCUUUCGCAACUCUUCGUGAUCUCUUCCGUUGGGCACUGAGAAAAGCAGACACCAUCGAAGAACUCGCUGUGAAUGGAUUUUUACUUCUGGCUGAAAGAGUUCGUAAGCCUGAGGAGCGUGAUGCCGUAAAGAAGGUCAUCGAAAAAGUCCUUGGUCAGAAGGGUCCCAAGGUAUCGAUUGACACCAGUGCUCUUUACGGUGUCCAGUCUCCGCUGCUGCAGUCGUACCUUACCCAGGCUGGCUCCAAGGGUGUCGUCUGGACAAACGCCAUGCGCAGACUUUAUGUUUUGGUUGCAACCGCUCUCCAGAAUGACGAGCCAGUCUUAUUGGUUGGUGAGACAGGUUGUGGUAAAACAACUGUUGUCCAAAUGCUCGCCGAUGCGAUCCAAAAGGAAUUGCACAUCGUCAACGCACAUCAGAACACAGAAACUGGUGAUCUGAUCGGUGCUCAGCGACCUCUGAGAAACAGAGCGGCGAUCGAGCAACAGAUCCGCGAGAUGCUUGUGUCGCUCCCUCAUGCAGAGAUACAGGCAGCUGUACCUACGUCUAGCCUUGACGAUCUGCUCGUCAUCUAUGACCAGGUUAAGGCCAAUGUUGACAUGAGCGAUCCUUACACAGCCCAGAUUUACCAAGCCAUCGAUCAAAACCGUCCCCGACUGAAGGCACUAUUCGAGUGGGUCGACGGGUCUCUGGUACAUGCAAUGAAGACAGGACAAUACUUCUUGCUUGAUGAAAUCUCGCUCGCAGACGAUUCGGUACUCGAGCGCCUGAACAGCGUGCUUGAACCGUCCAGGGAGAUGCUUCUUGCAGAGAAGGGAUCGCUUGACUCGUUCGUCAAAGCAAAACCUGGGUUCCAGUUCUUCGCUACUAUGAAUCCUGGUGGUGACUAUGGCAAGAGAGAAUUGUCACCAGCUCUGCGCAAUCGUUUCACUGAAAUCUGGGUACCUGCUCUAUCCGACAUCGAGGACGUUCUGCAGAUUAUCCGUUCCAAGCUCAAGGACCACGCAGCACCUCAUGCAAAUGUGCUUGUCGAAUUCGCCCAAUGGUUCAACCAGCGAUACAACACUUCUGCUGCAUCGUCAAUAUCCAUUCGUGACACACUUGCUUGGGUGGAGUUCGUGAAUCGACAGCCUCACCGCGAUCCUGUCUUCUCCAUCAUUCACGGUGCUGCUAUGGUCUACAUCGACACUCUCGGCGCCAAUCCUGCAGCACUUCUUGCGAUCAACCCAGGCACUGUCAACUAUGAAAGAUCCCAAUGUCUUGAUGAGCUGAGCAAGCUCAUCAAAGCUGAUGCACAUGCAGUGUACAAUUCGCCAAUUCACGUCGAGGUCACAGACGAGGCCUUGGAGCUUGGAGCUUUCUCCAUCCCGGUCAUCACCAAGGGGAAUGAGCCAGGCUUUACCUUCCUGGCACCAACAACCAGAUCGAACGCCAUGCGUGUCAUUCGCGCCCUACAGCUUACCAAGCCUGUUCUCCUUGAAGGUAACCCUGGUGUUGGAAAGACCACUCUGGUCACUGCCUUGGCACAAGCGAUUGGCAUGCCUUUGACGCGUAUCAACUUGUCAGAGCAGACCGACCUGAUGGAUCUCUUCGGGUCAGAUGUUCCUGUCGAAGGAGCCGAAGCUGGUACAUUCGCUUGGCGUGAUGCACCAUUCCUGCGAGCCAUGAAGAAUGGCGAGUGGGUGUUGCUUGAUGAGAUGAACCUUGCCUCUCAGUCAGUACUUGAAGGUCUGAAUGCCUGUCUUGAUCACAGAGGUGAAGUUUACAUUUCUGAGCUGGAUCAAACCUUCCGUCGUCAUCCAGACUUCAGACUGUUCGCCGCCCAGAACCCCCAUCACCAAGGUGGCGGUCGCAAAGGCCUGCCAGCCUCGUUUGUCAAUCGAUUCACUGUCGUGUACGCGGACGUUUUCAGUCCUAAGGAUCUUGUUCUUAUCUGUCAGAAGUCAUUCGCCAGCUACGAUGCAGACAAGAUCGCUCCGAUUGUGUCCUUCAUCGACCAGUUGGACAUCGAGACUCAGCGCAGAAAGAUUGGUUCCCUUGGUGGACCUUGGGAGUUCAACUUGCGUGACACGCUGCGUUGGCUGAACUUGAUUACUGCCGAUCAUGGGUUGUUGAAGGGAGGUGAGGUAGACGACUUCUUCUCUACCAUCAUCUCACAGCGUUUCCGUACUCAUAUGGAUAGAGCUUUGGUAAUUCAACUCUUCCAGAGCAUUCUGCCUGACGCUCCUAUCACCCACAGCAUGUUCCACAACAUCGGACCGAAGCAUUUCCAGGUUGGCUUGGGAAUGCUCCCAAGAAACGCUCACCUAGCGAGAGUAGGUGCCGACCAGCAGUUCUUCGACUUUAAGCCCCACCUUCAAGUCUUGGAGUCUGUCAUGGUCGCUGUGCAAAAAAGAUGGCCUGUCCUGCUUGUUGGACCCUCUGGGUCAGGCAAGACUGCCAUCCUGGAAAAGCUCGCAGCAGUCCUUGGCGUCGAUAUGGUUACCUUCUCUAUGAACGCAGACGUUGACUCGAUGGAUUUGGUUGGUGGUUAUGAGCAAUCUGAACCCCAGCGCGCUAUCCACAGUUUCCUAGAAAAGCUUCGCACUUUCGCUGCACUGCAGACUGUGCGUUGUUUGACCCUUGAUGCCAAUAGGUCUGCCCUCGAGGCAUUGCAUCGUCUUCGCCAGUUGGCAUCUAAGGCUGACACCAGUCUCAUCACCACUGGGCGUAACGAGGUAACCCUCGAGAUUGCCCAUCUGCUCCAGAACUUCAUAUCGGUAGCUCAGUCAUCUGGACCUCUCUCCUCAAACACUUUUAUGAUUGACGUUCCCGAAGCUGAAUCCCUGCUUGAGCAGGUCAACGUUCUGAUCUCGAAGCCAACUGCCAUCAGUCGAGCUCAGUUCGAGUGGAUGGACGGUAUGCUUGUUCAGGCACUGGAACGUGGUGAGUGGCUGGUGUUGGACAAUGCCAACCUUUGCAGUCCUGCCGUCUUGGACAGGCUAAACUCUCUGCUUGAGCCUAAUGGCACACUCAUCAUAAACGAGAACACCGAUGCUUCCGGCCAAGCUCGCGUUAUCGUGCCUCACCCCAAUUUCAGGAUCUUCUUCACCAUGGAUCCUAGGUAUGGCGAGCUGUCCAGAGCAUUGCGCAACAGAGCUGUUGAGCUUUUCCUUCUGUCGCCUGCUGCAAGCUCUGAACAUUCAUCAAGCUUGGAGUUUUCGUCGGAGUCCAGUCUCCACAGACUUCGCAACACAGAAGUCCUUGAAAACGUGGAUCCUGAAAGUGCAUUGACGCCUCAUAUCACACGAACUGUUAUGGAAAGUCUGUCCUACCACGACACUGUCAUACUCCCUCAGUUCAUGGAUGGCUUGGAAGCUGGGCUCUAUCAAAUCCCAAGCAAUGUGCUUAACAGCAGCAGAAACGUCCAGUUCAGAUACAAAACUCUGCACUCCUCUCGGGAUGCCAACAUGCCUGAGGUCGCAGAAUCUGCUGUCCAGCCAUUCCACCCCCUCAACAAUGUCGCGCUUGCUCGUUGCAACUCUGCAGCGACAGGGUGGGCUGCUGCUCUUUACGAGCUGGAGUGGGACAUCCGCUCUAUGCAGAUUGCACUUGAGGGCGUCGGAAACCGUGAUGUGCCUAAGCGCGAGCAGACACGACUCCAGCGAUCUGCUGUUGGCCAAGGACCUAAACAAAAGCACUUCACAAGCAAUGUGUUUGCUCUUCUUGGUGGUGCUGUCGAUGUAUGGUCAAGGUUCCUUGAUGUCGCUAUCUCUGCAGAACAGCAAGGUCAGCUUGUUGAACAAUAUCCUGUGGACACAUUCAAACCAUGGAGAAGAUAUUGGUGGGAAUUCUUCAACCUCGUAGACUCUGUCGAUGUGGAAGAAGCAGUGUUCAAGGCAUACAUCGAGAUUGGUAUACGCUUGGAGCAAACUCAUGGCAUUGAGUUCGCCGCUCGCUUUGCUUCGGAGAGCACUCAAGCUGGCGAACGUUUCAGCUCUUACUUUGUCCUGCCUCUGGAUCGAGCUUUCUCGCCAGACAACAAGGGCGCUUCGAUGACUGCUCUGUGGACAGUCAUGAGACCAAAGACUGCACGCACAUUCCAGCAACUCCAAGACAUUAUCGGACUGGAAGCAAUGGCAGACAGAUUUGACAUUUUUGCUAGAAGACUUGACGCCCCUCUUGAUCAGCUCCUUCCGUUGCAGCAAGCAUUUGGCAAGGCUUUGGCUGUUGUCUUGAAUGGCUCUGACGAAGCACCUGCUCUCAUCGCUAGUCUCAAGGAAGCCAUGUCUGCAUUCAGCACCGAAGAGACAGAGAUUGCGCACGUAUUGCCGCACUUCAAAGAACAGUUCGAAAGUAUUGCUCAGACAUUCGAUCUUCUGUAUGGCAAGGAUAUGUCUCAAUACCCUCAGUCAGGUGUCUUUGGCGCGUUCGCCGGAAGAACGUUCACCGAACAGUUGCAAGCACAACUGCAGCGCGUCAACUUCCUCGCUUACAGACCUACAAAGUUCAUCUCUGCUCAACAAGGCGAGAUUUUCGAGCCGCUGGGCAAGCACGUGGGUUAUUACAGUGAUGGCCAAAAGCCGCUGGCUUUGGAGACGAACCUUCAUCAACAUGUCCUCACUGGCCUUGACCAGAUUGAUGAAGUGCCUCUCAGCAAACUAGACUUGCUCAGAACCGAGGCUCAGAUUAUGAGCCAGAUCAUCACUAGCAACACUCACGACCUGGAGUCCAACUACAUCCACCUCUUGGACGGCCACCUUGCGGUCCUAACAGACAUCCUUCUGCGCUCCUUGCGCGAGGUCUCUCGUGCAAAGGACAUCAGACAAGCUGACUGGCAGCCCUGGAUCGAUUGGGCCUCCGAGUCUUUCCGCUCAGGCAAAGUUAGUGCUGCCCCUUCAAUGGCGUCAGCACAGGAUGCUGCUAGUAUCUGCAAGCAUUAUCUUGAUCCUCUGGUGGCUUACCUAGUUGAUGCCUCUGCCGUAUGUUCCACUGAUCCAGCUGUCUCUGCUAGAGCUUGGUUAAGAUUCGCCCUCGGAUGCAUGUCGUUGUACAUCACGAGCAAGCCUUCAGAUCCUGCGCUACGCCCUAUGCUCGACAGACAGAUCUUCCGCAAGACGUUUGCCGAUCUGCAAACCAAGUUGGCAGCCUUGCAGAGAUUCGCCGAUACGACUGGACUCUACUCCUCACUCCGCACAGCCUUGGUCCAGCAGGACAUUACUGAUCUUGGCCAAGAGCCUAGUGUUCAGGACAUCGCCAGACCGUCCGUAUCGGAGAUCACUAAAUUGCAAGGUGAAUUUAAUGCUCUGCAAAGAGCACUGGCCCNNCCUCUCUACAAUGCUUCCGAAGAUAUGCUCGUAGGCUUUGCANAAGAUGCCGUGUUGCGUCAAAACGUGAGACAAGUCAAGGCUCGUCUCAGCGACGGUUAUCGUGCCUACGCCGAUAUCACCGGGCCCGUCAUGGGCUUCUUGCACUGUCUUGAAGUUGGUUUUGCCCUUGCAAACCUUGUGCCCGAGGACAAUAUGAAGAUGGAGAACACGGUGGACAUCAAGCACUUUUCACCCCUCACUGGUGCACUGCCCAACUACGUACAGAAGGCUACUGCUAUCACUGCUGUCAUGGAGACACCGCAUCACAACAACGUCAAAAUGCAUGCCUUGUCUUCUUUCGCUACCAUGAGCCGCAUCAUGCCAGAGACUCAGCUCUCCACCUGGGAUGCUGUAUUCGACAUCUUCGACUCAAUGUAUCAACAGUGGCACAUCGAGCUGCAGAACAACCAGCAGCAGAACGCCGCGGCCCACAGUCUUUACACUCACCGUGGGGAUGAGGAAGCCGAAGAAGAGGCAGAUCAAGCCGAAUUAGCAGAGCUCUUCCCCGAGUAUGAUACCGAGGAAGGUGUCGAGACUCAGAACAAGUCAGCUGCACCCCAGAAGAUGCAGGCUCUGGCUCCAGGUCUUGCCACUGUGCUCGCUGAAAUCUACAAGAAGGGUGAAGCUAACGAGGAUGAUCUGCUUGCCUUGGUCAAGAAGUCAGCAUCGCUGCUUGGCAAACAGUCUUACGAACAGACCAUCGAGAGUGUCGACGGCUCAAGUGGUGUUCUUACUCCCUUGCUUGUGCUUAUUCUGCAAGAAAAGACACAGAUGUUGAAUGGUUCUGGUUUCAAGAAGAAUUUGUACAACAUAUACACCGAAGUCAACCUCGCUGAAGCCGAUAAGCUCAUUGCCCUGGUCAGAAAGAUCCAAACUAGAUUUAGAGAGAUUCAGCAAGUGUGGCCUGAACACGCUACUCUCGGUGAUGUCUUGCGAGUGUGUGACGAACUUCUUGAGUUUGCUCACACUGAUCCCGUCGCAAAGAUCAUGACGAAGGUCGAGAAGCUACACUCUUACGUUCAUGAAUGGCAGCUCGUUGCCAGCAGAGAGUACAGUGCGGCUGCGCUAUACGACAGCAUCACAGGUCUUAUCGUCAGCUGGAGACAACUAGAGCUGUCGACUUGGUCAAGACUGCUUGAUAUGGAAACUCUGAAGUGCAACGAAGACGCCAAGAGCUGGUUCUACAUCGCUUACGAGAACAUUGUCGUCGUGCCCUUGUCGAUCGGUGAAACCGAGAUUGAGAUGAAGAACCAUGUUACUGAGCUAAUCAAAACAUUGUAUGGCUUCUUCACGUCUACUGGCCUUGGUCAAUUUAGUGCUCGUCUGAAGAUGUUGGGCAAUUUCCGCGAGUACAUCAAGACACGCGCAACAAUCUUCCCUUCUUUCAGCAUCGCACACACUGCUCUGGCUAACUUCAUCUCCUACAUGGCACGCUACGAGCCUCUGGUUCAGCAAGCUCUUGAUACCGGUAGACAAAAGCUGGAGAAGGACAUGAAGACCAUCAUUCAACUUGCCAGCUGGAAGGACACGAACAUUGACGCUUUGAGACAGAGCGCUAAGGCCUCUCACCGCAAGCUUUUCAGAGUUGUCCGAAAGUUCAGAGUUCUCCUUGCACAACCCGCCCAAAGCAUUGUCUCAGCCGGCUUGCCUGAUAUUGCCUUCUCGGAGACACCCACGGCUGCUGGUCUUCGUAAGACUGAAGUCCCUGUUGACCCCAAAGCAUCGGCUGUGUGCACUGAGGUUGUGCCCAAGUGGAACGAACGACCUGCUCGUUUCAAGAAUACUGCUACUACCUUGACAGUCAUGCAGUCCAAGGGCGCUAUCAAAUCCGAGCACAUUGACUGCGCUUCUGAGAUCAACACCUGGCUCUCCGAUACUGAGUCGAUCGCCGUCCAGCUUCGCAAAGCCACGCCAGCUACUCUGACAGAGGAAAACACUGAGACCGUCAAGCAUCUCAAGAAUCGCAAGCGUAAACUCUUCGCCGAUGUACUCAAGGAGCUCAGAAACAUGGGCUUCAAGAGUAACAUGACAGGUGAUGUACUGGCUAGGCAAGACUCUUUACAAGCUGUGUUAGCUGCCAUCCCUGUCAUGGACAAGGAUCUUGCGGAGAACUAUCUGCAUCGUUUGCUGUAUCUCAUGCCUCUAGUCAGAGAGGCUGCCAGAGAGCACUCAGACGACUUGACCGGUGCUGAGAUUGCAAGAUCUGUGGCACUUUGCGAGAGUAUGCUGCAGGUGAUCAUUCAACAGAGGAACGUCCUCGGAUCUGCUACCGAAGGUCAGAAGACUCUGCAAACUUUGCUCAACCAGGCUGAGAGUCUUUGGGGUAACGGCAAGCUUGAGACGAGUGGCAAGAAGAAGCAGAGCUACGAUGUUGUCACUGCUAUGGCCUGCUUGCCUGUAAUGAUCAAAUCUGCUGCACGCAUUGUUGCUUCUCAAGCUGAGCUUGGUAAGCUUGACUGCGGCAAUGUUGUUAAGACAUUAGGACAAUGGGCUGCCAAGUUCGAGAAUCUCAAGACGCAAUGGCAGAGCCUUGCUGCACUGCCUGCUGGACUCACUAGUGACUAUCACACCAAGGUUAUCGAGGAGAGCAAGGUUGCUAUGCAAGAGCUGCACACUGAGCUCACUGCCUGCAUCGAACAGCACCCUUACCUUGGAGCGACUCUUCGACAGCUUCAGCUCUGGGCGACCGCCAAUGACGGCGCCUCGAAGUCAAAGAAAAUCUCGAGAAAGACUACUAUCAAGAUCGACGAGUUCGGAAAUGCAGCUUGUGACUUCGUCGACUCUAUUCUUGGUUCUGUCCAAGAUCUUGAGAAGCCACUCAGUCAACUUCCUGUAUCUGCGGAAGAUCCUAACUGGCUUCUGCACGAGAGCCAGAACCUGUCUCUUGCUGUCAAGACUCUUCGCCUUCCUUACGUUACGGACCGCAUGCAAGAGCUUAUGAUGCAGGUACCACAGCUGGAUUCCAAUCUCGACGUUGCUGCUGCCGUUGUUCACUCUUUCAUUCCGUUCAUCGCUCAGUACAACAAUCUUGCGAUAUACCUCUCUUCACGCCUCGAAAAUCUUCAUGCAGCUCUCAGUCAAAUGUCUUUCCGCCUUGCCAAGAUCUUCGUCCAACUGUCCAAGGAGGGCUUCUGCACGCCUCCUGAAAAGUCGAAUGAUCAGAACAAGGGCGACGACAAACUCGAAGGCGGAACUGGUCUAGGCUCUGGAGAAGGCGCUGAAGAUAUCUCAAAGGACAUCGAGGACGACGAGGACCUUGGUGAGCUUGCACAGGAAAAGGACGACCGUGACGACAAAGACGAGAUCGAAGACGAGAAAGAUGCCGUUGAUAUGGGCGAUCAAGAGAUGGAAGGUCAAAUGGGCGAUGCUGAAGAGAAGGAUGACGAAGAAGGAAGUGACAAGGAAGAUGAAGGUGAAGAUGAGAUGGAAGAUGAAGUCGGCGAUGUCGAUGACCUUGGCCCUUCUACCGUUGAUGAGAAGAUGUGGGAUGAUGGUGGUAAAGACGAAGACAACAAGGAUAAGGAGGGUGAAAACAAUGCUGGCACCGAGGACCAGAAUGAGAUGACUGCCGCCGAUGGAGAAGAGAAGGAAGAGAAGGAGAAGAAGGAGAACGACGAUGAUGCUGAGGAAGAGGAGGAUGAAGGCGAGCAGCAAGGUGCUGAUGAGACUGAGAAUGGUCCUCCCGAAGAAACUGAAAAGACCGACCCUCACUUGCAGGAGCAGGACAACCUUGAUCUUCCUGAUGACAUCGACAUGGACGGCAAAUCCGAAGAUGGCGAUGAGUCAGGCAUGGAAGACAUGGGUGACAUUGAUCCCAUGGACGAAGACCUGCCUCAGCCCGAAGGCGAGCAAGAAGGCGAAGUCGAGGACCCAAGCAAGGAAGAAGACGUCUCGCCUGGAGACGAGAUACCCGCUGAUCUUGAUGCUCAACAAGACGAAGCCGACGAGAACGCCGACGAGGAUGGCCAAGACAAGACCAAUGAAGCUGGCGAAGACGCUGAGAAGCCUGAAGAGGAAGAGGCAGCUGAAGAGGAUCAAGACAUGCUCCAAGACAACCGCAAGGAUGACACCAAUGCUGCUGAUGAGAUUGCACCCAGCGAAGCCCGAGGUGCUGGUCUCGACGAUCAGCAACCUCAAGACGACAAUAAGGACAAUGACGCAGGUGCUGCUCAACGUGAANUCUGGCGAGCAAGGCGCCCAGCAGGAGCAACAACAGCAAGCAGGUGCCGAGGUGAACGCGGCGUUGCCGAGAACUCUGCCGCCGCCGCAAACGAGGAGAAGACAGAAGACAAGCAAGAAUCUCUCCCGUACAAGAAGAUCGGUGAUGCACUCGAGAAGUGGUACAAACAGCAGAAGCAGAUCCAAGAUGCUCAAGCCGACAAGGAGGAGCGCAAAGAACAACCUCCUGCUGAUGUCGAUAUGGACGAUGCUGAGUUCGAGCAUUUGCAGAACGAAGCCGAAGAGUCUGAUGCUCAGGCUCUUGGUGCCGCCAAUGAGGAUCAAGCCAAGGCGAUCGACGAAGAGGCUGGUGUCUCGACCAAUGACAAGGAGCAGAGAGAUGAUUUCAUGCCUGAAGAUGAAGAAGAGGGUGAAGCUUAUCGUCCUGACGAAGAUGUCGAGAUGGGUGACCGCGAGGAGGAAGACGAUAAGCAAAACCCAGAAGGCGGCGCUGACAACAUUCCUAACGCCUUUGUUGGUGAAGCUCAAUCCCGCGAGGACGCUCUUGAUCAGGAGGGCCUCGAAGCUCAAGAAGAUAACGAUGACUCAAUCGAGGAAGUCGACCAUCAACUCGAGUCUGCCCAUAUCUCCUCCAUGGCUGAUCUACCGACUUUGUCUCUUGACGACGCUAGGGCAUUGUACAAUACCCACGAGUCCUCAACUCGCAAUCUCUCGCUACUUCUCGCUGAGCACCUUCGUCUCUUGCUCACACCAACGCACGCCACAAAGAUGCGCGGUGACUACCGCACUGGUAAGCGUCUGAACAUCAAGCGUAUAAUUCCCUACAUCGCCUCCUCUUACCGCCGCGACAAGAUCUGGAUGCGUCGCUCUGUGCCAUCGAAGCGCCAAUACCAGAUCAUGCUCGCCAUCGAUGAUUCGCAAUCAAUGUCCGAAGGCGGCGCCCAGACUCUCGCUUUCGACACCAUGGCUCUGUUAGCUCGAGCCCUGUCCAUCCUCGAAGCGGGAGAAUUGUGUAUUCUCGGAUUCGGUGAGGACGUUAGCGUCAAACUACCUUUUGAGACUCCAUUCACCUCUGAAGCUGGCGCCAACGUCAUCAGAUCCUUCAACUUUGAGCAGACUAGAACAAACGUCAAGACUUUGGUACAAAAGUCGCUGGAUCUGUUCAGAGCUGCUAGAGUCAGGGCUCAAGGCGCAAGCUCAGAAUUGUGGCAGUUGCAACUGAUUGUUUCAGAUGGUGUGUGUGAGGACCACUCGGGCAUCCGCUCGCUCGUCAGACAAGCCCACGAGGAGCGUAUCAUGAUGGUUUUCGUCAUCGUCGNNACGCUACAGCCACUGCCCCCUCAGUCUCCGGAGCCCCCUCAGGAACAGCCACACCAUCUGCCAACACCAUCACCUCUGCACUUUCCAACAAUGGCUCUGCCUCUGCAACCGGCACGUCCACCCCUGCCGCAGCUCCUGCAGCAAACAAGAAAAAGANAUUCCUCAAUCUUGGACUUGCAGACUGCAGAGUUUGUCAAAGACCCCGUGACUGGAGAAAUGAGUGUCAGGACUGUCAAGUAUCUUGAUUCCUUCCCCUUUGGAUAUUACUUGGUGGUCAGAGAUGUUAGAGAGUUGCCUGGUGUGCUUGCUGGAGCUUUAAGACAGUGGUUUGCCGAGGUUGUCGAUACUCAAGGAUAA